CCAGCCGGCCCGGCAGGCGGAGAGACGUCCCACCCCCAGCCCCAGCCCCGGGGCAGCCUGGGAAAGGCCGGGCAGGAGCAGCCGGGCGGCCAGGCCGGGCUCCUCGCAGGCAGCUCCCUCCGCCUGUCCUCGGGGGCGGGGGCGGCCUUCUCCCGGAAGGUCUGCAGCCACGCUGUGCCCUCCGCGGGAAGCGCCCUUCCCACUCCGACCGAGCGCCGGAAGUCUCGGGUAGAGCCCUCCAGCCGCAGCCCUUUGGCCUUCCGGGAGAGACGCGGACUACAGUUCCCACAAUGCCGUGGCCGGAAGACGCCGCCGCCGCCGGGGGAGGGGGGAGUGGCGGCGGCGGCGGCGGCAGCAGCAGCGGCGUCCGGAACGGUGGCGGGACCACAAUCCAAGGACGGAACCAGGAGCGGGUUUCCCAGCCGCCCACUGAAUAGCUGGCGAGCUCGGCCAUGGCUCUGAUUGAAGGCGUGGGGGACGAAGUGACCAUCCUCUUUGGACUGCUGGCGGUGCUGGCGGUGCUGGUUCUCGCCUGGUUCUCGACACACACCAGGGAGCGGGGAGCCGACCCUCUCCUUGCCACCGCCUCCCCGCCGCGGGCCGCAGGGCAGUUGCGGGCAGAGGCUCUGCGGGAGGACAGGGCGGCGGCUGCGCCGGUCUCCGGCGUGCGGCAGGUCAAGGAGGAAGGAGAGCCGGCCGGGGGGGCUGGGGGGCCGGGCGGCCUGUCUGGGGACCUCCGGCACAGGACGAGUCCCAGCAGCCCCCAGCAGCCCUUCCCGCCCCCCGAAGGCCCCAGUGCUGAAAGCUCCCCGACAGACAACACCAUCGUCUUGAGGCUGAAGUUCCUGAACGACACGGAGCGCCUGGCCCGCACGCGCCCCGAGGACACGGUGGGAGCCCUGAAGAGGGCUCACUUCCCCGGCCAGGAGCAGUUGGUGCGCCUGAUCUACCAGGGGCAGCUGCUUCGGGACGAUUCGCAGACGCUGGCCGCCCUGCAUCUCACCCACAACAGCGUGCUCCACUGCCACGUCUCGCAGCACCGAUCGCCCCCGGUGCCGGCUGGCGGCCCACAUGGCACUGCUGCCCACACGGACGCUGCCCACGCCGCCCUCAAUGUGGGCAGCCUGAUGGUGCCGCUCUUCGUGCUGAUGCUGGGGGCCCUCUGGUACUUCCAGCUGCAGUACCGCCACGUCUUCACCGCCACAGCCACCACCUGCCUGGCAGGCCUCACCCUGGUCUUCAGCUUUGUGGCCUUCACCGUCUACCGCAGAUAGUGCCGCCGCUGCCACGGACUGGAGCCUGCGGCUUCCCCGGCGUGGGCUGUGGGGCGAGGAGCGGGCCAAGCAUUCCCGGGGGGCGCAGGCAUCUCUCCAGCAGCUGACACCCCCCCCCCGGGGGGCCCCAGCGGUGCGGAGGCCUCGGAGCUGCCGGGCCCGCGUCCCUGCUGCUUCUGCUCGCCUGGGAGAGUCGUGCCUGGCACAGACAGCCUCCUGUGGGUGGGCGACUUGCACGCCCCUCGAAUGGGGCUCCCUCUGCCAGUGAACUGGAGGUGCCCCCCUGCCAGGACAGAGCUCUGGUCUUGCCUACUUGUGGUGCCUAAAUGGAGAAAGAGAGGGGGGGGGUGUUUGUGUGUGUGGCGGGGGGGUCACACUGUGGCAAAGGGCUUGAGCUCCUGGGGUGGCUGGGCCGGGGCCCUCCGGCAUUGGGCGGGGGCUCUGUCCACGGCUGACACGUGCUUAUUUUCCAAUUAAACCCAAACUGUGAAGGAAA